AUGAAGGCCAUUGUGGUGGCCGGCACGCACAGCGGCGUGGGCAAGACGAGCGUCGCCGUGGGGCUCAUGGCCGCCUUCCGCCGACGAGGUCUCCGCGUGCAGCCGUUCAAAGUCGGACCUGAUUUUCUGGACCCCAUGCACCAUCAGGCGGCUACAGGCCGAGACUCGUACAACCUGGAUGGGUGGAUGCUCAACAGGGAGGCCAACGUGGCAUGUUUCACACGUUUCGCAGCCUCAACUGACGUGGCAGUUGUGGAGGGCGUGAUGGGGCUAUUCGACGGUCGAGAUGGCAAGACAGAGGUCGGCAGCACAGCAGAGAUGGCCAAGAUCAUAGGGGCCCCUGUUGUCCUCGUUUUAGACUGUUGGUCUAUGUCUAGAAGCGCGGCAGCCAUGGUACAUGGUUACGCGUCCUUCGACCCGUCGUUGCGAUUCGCGGGGAUUAUUCUGAAUAAGGUCGCCAGCGCAGCGCAUGCCACGUGGCUGACUGAGGCGCUAGAAUCAGCACACGUCAGAGUUCCCGUCCUAGGUGGCAUCCCGAAAUCUGCUGACGUGGAGAUGCCAGAGCGCCACCUGGGAUUGCACCGGCCUGGGGUGGACGCGGACGGGGUGCCAGCUCAGCACGCCGAGCGGCUGGCGACACUGAUUGAAGCCCACGUGGACCUGGACAGGCUGUUGCAGCUGGCAGCUGACGUGGCAGGGGCGCCUACGAUGGGGCUUGGGGGAGGGGAGGGGAGUGUGUGUGGAGGGGAGGAUGUCGGAGAGGAGAGUGUGAUGGGCGGAGGAGGGAGUGUGAUGAGUGGGAUGGGAGGAGCAGGAGGGAUGGAGUGUGGUGGAUCGUUGGCCAAUGAGCUGCCUCCGUUGUCGAUGCCGCCUGGAAUGAAGCUUGCGCGCAUUGGGGUGGCGAGAGACGAAGCAUUUUGCUUCUACUACCAUGACAACCUGUCGCUGCUGAGAGAGGCCGGAGCAGAGAUUGUGUUCUUCUCUCCGCUCACCUACCCCCUUCCACACCGCCUCGACACUAUGUACUUUGGCCGCUCUAGCUGCUCUAGCAGCCAGAGAGGCGGGUAUCCCCAGCUGCACGUGGCUGCCGUGGCUGCUCUGGCUUCUCUGGCUGCUUGGCGUCCAUAUUUCCAAUCACCAUUGUGCCAUCUCCUUCCCCUCUGUUCACAUUAUUGCCUUUUGUUGCCCACCCUAUCAGAGGCGGGAGCAGAGAUUGUGUUCUUCUCCCCGCUCACUGACCCUCUGCCGCACCGUCUCGACGCCGUGUACUUUGGCGGGGGGUAUCCUGAGGCUGCAUGCUGCUGCUCUGGCGGCCAACACCAAGUUGGUCUGCAUUCUGCUGCUCUGGCGGCCAACACCAAGCUGGUGUAUGCGCUCAGGGCGUUUGCUGCUGCUGGCGGGGGUGGUGUACGGCGAGUGUGGUGGGCUCAUGUACCUGUCACGGAGCAUCGAGGUGAGAGCAGGAGGUUGGGUAGUUGGUUCUGGGUUUGGAAGCUGGUGUAUGCGCUCAGGGCGUUUGCUGCUGCUGGCGGGGUGGUGUACGGCGAGUGUGGUGGGCUCAUGUACCUGUCACGGAGCAUCGAGCUGGGCGAGAUGAGGGGGCAGCUCUUCCACUUCAGCGAGGUCGUUUCCUUUACCCAUCCUAACCCCUCUCUUUCCUCCCUUGCCUUGCUGCCCACCCUCUACUUGGUCUUCCCUCUUUGUUACCAGUUCUUCCACUUCAGCGAGGUGGUUCUGGAUGACGGCUCAUUCCAUGGCGACCAGCUGGAGUUUCGGGUACCUUAUCGAGCAGCAGACCCCCGGAUCUACUGCUCGUCCAGAGGGCUACAUGGCGAGGGCAGUGCUAGCGUCAUUCGUGCAUCUGCACUUCGCCUCCAACCCCUCCCUCCCAUCCCUCCCUCCCCACCCUCCCCCCUGCCUGUCGUGGACCUCCCCAGGUACCUUAUCGAGCAGCAAACUCCAGGUGCCACCUCCCGUCCAGAGGGCUACAUGGUGGGGGCAGUGCUAGCGUCCUACGUGCAUCUGCACUUCGCCUCCAACCCCUCCCUCGCCCACGCCUUCAUAGACGCGUGCCGAACCGACCCUACCAAAUCCGCAGCUGUCGCUGCUGCCUCUGCCUCAGCAGUGGCUGGAGCUGGGGCGGCAGCGGCGGCAGCAGCAGGGGCGGCAGCUGCGGCGGCGGUGGCAGAUGCGUUGAAUGAAGACGACAGGUUGUCGCAACGAUCGGUCUCGUAUAAUUUGUACGCGUCCCCGGUGCACCCGAGUGCUUAUUCAGGUGGUUUCUCAGGUGGCCCGUCAGGUAUUUCGCCUGAGCACGACGACCCCACCGAGGCUGACCUCCAGGCUCGGCGGAUGGGCGCUCGCGAGGCAGAGGAUCGGUCCUCACGUUCGGAAUCGUAUGUGAUUGGAGAGCGCGUGGGCGGCAGCGUCGUCCCAUAUGCCAUGUUUCCGGGUGGCAGCGCCAUUGGCAGCGCUGUGGCGAGAUCAUACGGCGGGCAAUCAAAUCAUGCAGGAUAUGGAUAUGGGGCGGGAACGGGCGGCGGAAGUGGGGGAAGAACGGGCGGCGGAGGAGAGAGGGGGGGGCGGGGAGGAGUUGACUGGGCUAGAUACGAGCUCUCACCACCCCUCCCUUACCAAUCCACAGGUUACAGCAGGGAGGGGAAUGGCAGUCAGGGGGUGGGAGGGCCCGGGUUUAUCCCCUCUCCCAUGCGGAGGUCUAUUUCUGAAUUGUGGGUGUCCGGGGGUGGGGGUGGUGGGCUGGAUGAGUUGAGUCUGGGCGGAGUGCAAGGGGCGACUGGGCAAGGGGGAAGAGGAGGAGGGGGGGGGGGAGGCGGAGGAGGGGGAGUAAGAGGAGGAGGAGGAGUGAGAGGAGGCGGAGGAGGGGGAGAGGUUGGAGGCGGUGGGUAUGGGGGGACAGGAAGGAGAGAUGGAAGGGGGAAAGUCUUGGGAGGAGGGGCAGGAGGAGCAGGGGGGGAGGGAGGAGGGGAAGGAGUGGGAGGAGGGAGAGGUGGAGCAGUAGGGUCUAGUAACAGAGGCGGUGGGGGUGGUUCAGUGGCCGGGAGAUCAGGAAGUGGAGGAGGAAGUGGUGGUGGUGCUAGCUCAACCUCAGAUCCCUCUGCAUACCUCUCCACCGCUGCAAACCCCUCUUCAGCAGGUGCCUCUGCAACAGACGGUCGCAGCUAUGCGGAUUCGGGUUCUGCUUCGGAUUAUGAUGAGAUGAAUGCGAGUGACUUACGAAGCUCUUCUGAGUUUGAUGAGGGGCUGACGUCUAGUGGCCGGCUGUCGGAUUUUGUGGGGAGCAACAGCGGGAGGAGCGUGGAGCAAAUUUAUGAGUCGGGAGGAGGGGGUGGUGGAGGAGGGGUGAAGGGGCCUUCUAGUGGGAAAUUGGCGGAUUUUGUGAGUGCAGGGGUCGGGGUUUUGGAGAAGGAGGAGGAGGAGGGGGUGGAGGUGGAGGAGGAGGGGGAGGAGGACGGGGAGGAGGAUCAGCUGGUGGGUCUCUCAAGAAUUUAUCAGCUGGAUCAAUGA